GCGGGAGUUGUGGAUUAUCUUCGAAUGCCAGAGAGAGCAGUUUGACCAGUGGGAGAGCCGCCGCCCCAGGCAUCCAGGAGGAGUAACUCUAGUUCCAGAACAAGAGGAGUAACUCCGGCAGUAGAACUGGAUGUUGGAAGAUUGGCUGAUCAGAACAAUGUACGCCACUAAGAGAAGACGCCGGACUGUCAAAAGCGUGAAAACCCCCAGCAAGGAACCCCCAAAGAGCAACCCCAGCAAACGCCACAGAGAGCGGCUGAACGGGGAACUGGACCACCUGGCCAGUCUCCUGCCCUUCGAGCAGAGCGUCAUCUCCAAGCUUGACAAACUCUCCAUCCUCCGGCUAGCCGUCUCGUACCUCCGCACCAAAAGUUUCUUCCAAAGUGUACUUCCUACCCGAUACGGCAUCGAAAGUCAUUUAAUGUCAAGGACACACCUGUUCCAUGAACCUGGAUUCUCUGAAGGCGAGAGUAUAUUGCAGGCAUUGUAUGGUUUCCUGUUUGUAGUCACGUGUGAAGGGGAGGUGUUUUUUGCUUCCAGAACAGUCGAGCAGUACCUAGGAUUCCAUCAGUCCGACAUCAUCCACCAGUCCGUGAUGGAGCUCAUCCACUCCGAGGACAGGGAGGAGUUCAAGAGACAGCUGACCUGGAACUCGAUGCUGCCCUCAGACAAGUCUGGCAUCUCCCUGCACGAGACUAUGCUGCCUGAAAACAUGAACUGUUUACAUCGGUCAUUCACUGUUCGCUUCAGGUGUCUACUAGACAACACUUCCGGUUUCAUUACCCUGGAGAUCAACGGCUGGAUCCGGGUACUGCACGGUCAGGGCCCCCGCGCCGAUGAGCCACAGCUGGCCCUGUUUGCCACCUGCUCACCUUUUGGGCCGCUCAGCCUGUUUGACAUUCCCUCACGUGAGAUGACCUUCAAGACCAAACACAAGAUGGACUACUCACCCGUUACCAUGGACAACAGGGGCAAGUCUAUGUUUGCCUACAGUGACCACGAACUGGCCAACAAGUCAGGGUAUGACCUCAUCCACCCAGACGACCUCAACUAUUUCUCGUCUGCUCAUCAAGAACUUAUCAAAACCGGAAGUUCCGGUCUAAUUUCCUACCGCUGGCAGACGAAACACCAACAAUGGCUGUGGCUGCAGUCUAGCUGUAAAGUCAUCUACAAGAACAGCAAACCUGACUUCAUCAUUUGUACACACAGACAGCUGACUGAAGACGAAGGCCAUGACCUAUUCGGCAAACGCGGCAACGAGUUCAAGCUGCCGUACCCGCUGCUGGACAUCGACAUGUGCACGGGGUUCGGGUUCGGCGAGGACGAGCUGACCACCAAAUCCAAGUCGAGCAAAAACAAAAAGAAAACCUCCGCCGCCGCCGCAUCUGGCAACAACAGCAACUCCAACGGGAAGAAAAGAAAAGCAGCUUGUAUCAUCGGAGGCAUCCCGUCGUACUGCUCCUACCCGACGGGUUUCACGGCGUACGACGGCGGCGGCGGAGAAUUGAAACCGCCGGAGUCGGUGUACUACGGCACAAACAAUUUCGGAUUUGAACCGGACAUGUACCGAGCACAGGGCUACUGUGCUUUAACCCCGACCGUGUAUCCACCAACGGAUCCGUACCGGCUGGAUGUGGAUAAGCACGGGUAUUUCCUCGACCACAGGCAGUACCAGCACUCGAGUUUCACGUACCCGAACAACGGAUACACGGAUUUCGUCCAGCCGGCAAAGUACGGCUACGACGUCCCGAAGUACGGCAUCGAUUCCUACAGUUUGGACUUAAGCAAGCGUGUAGACGGUGGGGAUAUUACCCAGUUCCACCCGGACGUCCGCCGAUACGCCUUCGACUACCACCACCCACCCUACUCGCACAUAGACCACUCCCUACAUUCCACCGACCGCUUCAGCACCGGACGACUCUCCACCAUCGACGCCGUAGAUCUCCGAAACCCGGCCGCGAUCUUCGGCUCCAACUCGUUCAUGAACACCGUAGAGGCGCCCUGCUCCUCCACCUCCCCUUGCUCAGCGUCCUCCGUGUUCAAGAACGUUCAAACUCCCAACAACAAAGAACAAUCGUCAAAACUCAAACUCGGAAACAUGGACUCCCCUUCUAUGUCUUUGCCUUUCGAGGUUUCGAACCCGCUCCCUCAUAACACAGUCAUUAAAUGUACACGCCAGCCCGAUUCCUCUCUAAUUCCAACGUCCCAGAACUUAAAUCACUCCCUACCCCACGGGAAUUCUGACAAUGGUAUGGGGCUUCAGACGGACAACAGGAUUCCGUGGAAUUCUUGCAGCAAGUCUGGUGGUGACAGGUUGAGUAUGUCGACGGUCGAGACGAGUCAGCAGGGUUCGGAUCUCAAUGGCACCAAGUGUAGGAACAGUCUGGAGCAGCGCUCAGACAACUCAGUCGGCGGGGACUGCACUGACGACAUGCUCAAAGCUCACGAAAACUCUAUGAGGCUACACGACAAGGACUCAACUGUCACGGGCAUUCCGGUAUCCGUUGUCAAACAGUCGCCCUGGCUUCAAGCAUCGAACAACAACAACACCAACAUCAACAACAACAUCAACAACAACAACGGCAGCCAGAACCACAUCAACACCAUCGGCAGCACCAACAACAACCUCCUAAUGGGGGAGAGGGACUGGGUGAGUCCCUCGGAUUAUUACAACAAGACGGCUAGAGUUCUCUUCCCUGAUCCUUGUCAUUCAGUCAAACACCUCGGUCUGAAAGUGUUCGAGAGGGGGGACAACCCGCUCCUGAGUUUUUCAGAGAUGACCCACACGCUGAUGAGUUCCACUCACUAA